GGUCACACAGUGUUAUCUUCAGUCUGUAAUCUUAAUGCUUGGUCAAGGUUAUUAGUGGUCACUGACCUAUAAUGCAAAAUCCAGUAAAAAGACUGCACAAUGCAGUGGACUGCAUGCAUUUGAUAUCAAAAGGAAAACCUCUUAUGCACGUACUGAAAUACACAAAGAAAACAAGCCGGGAAUAGUUUCCAUUAUGUCGUCGUCGACAUAAAUUACUGAACUCCUGUACGCGUAUGACGCAAUUUCCUUAAUAAAAAAUAUUGCCCGGUUGAGUCGUCGAAUUAGUGCGCGAGAUUCCGUGUUAUGAAACGCAGCGGUCGCUGUUUCACAACAGGGUGUCAACGUGGAGCGCGGAGCCAAUGGAAAGCCUCAGCACGCGUCACAUGCUUUUUAUUUAUGUAAUAUAAUGGUGUCAGAAACGAACCCAGUGUUAUCAAAUACAUGCAAAGCGCGAGAGAAAGAUGUUGGUCCUGCAAGGCAGAAAACAUAGAUCCGUUGUUUAAAUCAGACCUUUCUUUUGUCUGUGCAUUGCGCUGAUGGAGAUCUUCGGAGUCAGCAAAGCCACCGUGAUCGGACUGAAGCGGAGUGAACCAAUUCAUCAUGCACAAAAAGGGAAAACGGUACUCCUACAACAAAGACUGAUAUAUGAUUGACAACGGAUAGCCAUACAUAUUAAAUCCAUCGUCUGAUAUAAAAGUCAGUUGUCCUAAAAAUCUGGCACCAUUUCGCAGAAACUGCCAUCGGCCAUUAGGAGCUUAUAAAAGGAGUGUUCAUGAAAUGAGAUAGGGCAGAUCUGCGUUGUGUAAAGAAAAAGACUCGUGUUAUCCAACUUUUGAAUCAUGCCACUUUUCAUGGGCACAAUUUGAGCUCCUUCACUUUUGACCAGCUGUGCAGCUUUUAGUAGGAAGCUGCCACCGGAUGAAAAACGCGGGCAUGGAUCUGCUGGAGUGUCCGAUCUGCCUGUUCCUCAUGUGCGAGCCGAUGACCAUGAGCUGCGGUCACUCGUUCUGCAGGAGAUGCAUGGGCGCUUUACUGCCCUCACGAUGCCCCACUUGCAAAGAACGAUUAAAACAGAGGGAUGCAAAGAACAUCAAAAACAAUGUGUUACUCUUCAGCGUCAUUGAGAAAUGUUGCCCCGAAGAGACCAAGAUGAAGUGUCACAUUCAGGAGAAACUGAAAACGAGCGAGUUUACUGAAGCGCUGCGUAUUGCGGAUGAAGGGAUAGAGAUGGCCCCUGAUGAUGUGAGCCUAAAAGUCUGGCGGGCCGAGGCCUGCAUGGGCCUCCGUCGCUUUUCUGAUGCCCUCCGUGACCUGGAUGACCUCUGCUGUGUGCGACCCAACUGGACUGAGGGUUUCUUUCGUAAAGGGAAUGUGCUUCUUGAAAUGGGCAGACAGACUGAUGCCCUCAUCCAGUUCAACCAUUGCCUGAAACAGCAGUCUGACUUUGCCCCUGCUAAAAACCAGAUUAAGAAGAUCUUGGAAGCAGAGGGCAUGGCUGUACCAGAAGAGGUUCCACAGAUCUUGCAUGUGGUGGCCGAGUACCUGCAAGACCCCUGUCCUAUCACCAGCACUGUAAGCCCCUCAUGCACAGAUGGUCAGCGCUUCCCCCAUAACAGUGCUGAGGGUCAAACUGACUCUGACCUGAAUGCAGCUAAAGUGAAGCAUGGCUCCAGUGGCGAGUGCUGUCUGAGUCUGUGUCAAGCCGUGUCCUUCCUCCCUACUGCAGAGGAAGAUGAGGAAUUGAUGAUGAAGAAGGAGGAGAAACAGAGCAGAGGUGUGUGUAGUGUGGGCAGAGAGUCCUGCCUCAGUGUUCUGACAGUUGCUGAUUUUGAAUGCCCUCUCUGCAUCAGGUUGUUCUAUGAGCCAGUGACAACACCCUGUGGUCACACCUUCUGCAAAAACUGCAUCGAGAGAAGUCUCGACCAUAACCUCCGCUGUCCGCUCUGCAAACAACCGCUGCAGGAGUAUUUUAAGAACAGGAAGUACAACCCCACAGUGCUGCUGCAGGAGAUUAUGUCCCGCCUCUUCCCCCAGCAGUUGCCUGAGAGGAAACAGGUGCAUGAGGCAGAGAUGGCAGAGCUCUCAAAUUUGACUAAGGACAUCCCAAUCUUUGUGUGCACGGUGGCUUACCCUGGCAUCCCAUGCCCACUGCACAUCUUUGAGCCUCGCUACCGUCUAAUGAUGCGACGAUGCAUGGAGACGGGCACCAAGAAGUUUGGCAUGUGCAGCUAUGAGCAUGGCAAAGGCUUUGCAGACUAUGGUUGCAUGUUGGAGAUUUUGGAUCUGGAUGUGCUUCCUGAUGGCCGCUCCUAUGUGGAUACAGUGGGAGGCAGUCGCUUUCGAGUGCUUCGGAGAGGACAGAGAGAUGGCUACCACACUGCUGAUAUUGAGUACCUGGAGGAUCAUAAGGUUGAAGAUGCAGAGCUUGAAUUGCUGCAGCUUCUCCACGACAGUGUGUAUCAGCAGGCAAGGGAGUGGUACCACCGUCUGAACAGCCGAAUUCAGGAGCAGAUCAGUCGCCAGUACGGCAUCAUGCCUGACAAAGAGGACGACAUUCAGGCUUCUGCUAAUGGGCCAGCCUGGUGCUGGUGGCUGCUGUCUGUGCUACAGUUAGAUCCAGCCUAUCAGACCACCGUACUGUCUCUUACCUCCCUGAAGGACAGACUGGGUCAUCUACGCAUUGUAUUAGAAUACUUCUCUCAGAGCUAGGACAGAGACACAUUAUAUGCCUGUAUGUUUUAUCUCUUUUGUCAUCACAUGCAUGUACCAUGGAAGAACAAAUUUGAAUUAAUUUUUUUUUUACUCUACGUUUUUGAUUGAACUACAAGAGGCAGUGAUCACUCAUGUUUCCUCUCGCCACAAAACUUGAUCACUUUUGGAUAAAUCUUGAUCAAUUUUUUCUUGAUCAUUAUACAUACAAAAGAUCUCUUGUGCUUGGAUGUAUAACACUUUGCAAGACAGCACGUCGGUAUGAUCUGGGUUGUUAAAAACAAGAUUACAUGCUUUUGGUGUUUGCUUUUCUAGUUUUGAUGAGCUUUGAAGAUUUUGAAAAUCGAUUGAUGCAUUUUUAUGGGCUGAACAACUGUUGAAUUAGUCAACUUAAUUCCAACUUGAGUUGAGCACCAAAGAAUCAAAGACUCAUUCUAUAUAGAACAGCUGUUUAUUGGUUUACACUGUUUGGUUCAUUUAACGUCAGAGUGGAUGCCAAAUAUUGCAGCUGAUGCAGUUUAUACCAACAGCUAGUUUUUUUUUUUUUAAAUAUAUUUGAGAUUUAAAUGUUGCCAGUACUGCUGGGCCUUGGCCAGAUCUUUUUUUAUGUGUAGCUCACAUUUGUGGCCGGGAGGCAAACAGUUGGCCCAAGAGAUUGAUAAUUGAAGAAGAGCUCAUUGAUUAUGCAUGAGUGAGGUGCUAAUGAGUACAGCCUCGAAAUCUCACUGCUAAUUUCUGUCACAAUUCUGGCCAUGAUCACCAUAAACUUUGGUAGAAUCAGAAAUAAUAUUUUUGUCCUCAAUAAUUUAUAAGGAUUGAAAUACUGCAAUAGUAAUGCAGAGAAUACACUUCAAAGCUUGCUUUUUUCUAGUUGUUGUUGCAAUAUUAUGAAUUGAUGAAUGAAAGCUGCUAGCUGUGCUUUUUUCGUUCUGAGCAUUAUGUGUGGCAAGCUUUCUGGCAUGAUAAUGGAGAAUGGAGGCAGGUACUUUACUCUUAAAGGUAUAGUUCACCCAAAAAUGAAAAUUCUGUCAUAAUUUGCUCACCCUCAUAUAAUUUUUAUACCCGGAGAUAUUUAGCAGAAUGUCUAAGGUGCUCUUUUCCAUGCAAUGAAAGUGAAAGGGGACCAGGGUCACAUGUUCUGCUACUGUAGAUAACUUUUUUGUGUUCAAGGCAAAAAUGAAGUCAUACAGAUUUGAAAUUAAAUGAGGGGGUUAAAUGAUGACAGAAUGUUCUUUUUUGGGUGGUCUAUCCCUUUAAACAGAAGAUCAUUUCAGACUUGUGAUGGUCUCCAUAGCAGUUUUGGGAGGUGUUGUAAAGGUUUAACUGUCUGGAAGACCUGAUUAAACAGAAUAGCUCUACAACCUUCUCUAUCCAAGCCAUGGACUAUUUUUUGUGUGCUUGUGCCUUGUGCAGGGCCUUAAUCUAGUUUCAGAUGUAUGGUUAAAAACUAAAGGAAUAGUUCACCCAAAAAUGAAAAUUUGCUGAUAAUUUACUCACCCUCAGGCCAUCCAAGAUGUAUCUGAAUUUCUGAGAAUUUAAGACUUUUAGGAUUUAAUUUCAGGCCUCCUCCUUUAAACAAUGCAAGUGAAUGUACUCCAUUUUUUGACGGUCCAAAAUGCAUAUUUAGUGUGCAUCAAAAUAAUCCACACGACUCCAGUUGACAAAUAAAGUUCUUCUGAACACAAACGAUUGAUUAUUUUUAGAAACAAAACAAUACUUGUUCCGUACAUCUCUGUGACGCGCGCUCAUGAGAGGGAUGAGUCACGUGGAGGAGGAGUCAGGAAGUGCAUCAUUGUUUACAUUGUUUUUUUAUUUAUUAUUAUUAUUAUUUGGAAAUGUUUUUUUUAUUUUCUUAUAUAUUGUUUUGAAAUUGGUUUGGACUGUUUUGGUUUGUGAACGGUGCUUGGUCUGUGCAAGUUUCUCUUGUAAACGUCCUGACUCCACGUGACACGUGACCUUACCAGCGAGCUUAUGUCAUCCCUCUCAUGAGCGCACGUCACAGAGAUGUACGGAAGCUAACAUUUGUAGUUAAAAAGUAUAUAAGUAUUGUUUUGUUUCUAAAAAUAAUCAAUCGUUUGCGUUCAGAAGAACUUUAUUUGUCGACUGGAGUCGUGUGGAUUAUUUUGAUGCACCCUAAAUAUGCAUUUUGGACUGUCAAAAAAAUGAGGAGGCCAGAAAUGAAAUCCUAAAAAUCUUAAAUUCUGUUUUGAUGAAGAAAGAAACUCAGAUACAUCUUGGAUGGCCUGAGGGUGAGUAAAUUAUAAGCAAAUUUUCAUUUUUGGGUGAACUAUUCCUUAAGGAUUCAUGUUUUUUUUUAUUUCUCCUCUCUUGUGUUUGAGUGUCACAUUCCGAGGAAUGUUAAAACUGCAAUGUUACACAGGAUUUAACAUACUUGUAUACAUGGACUUGAAACUGGGUGAAAACUUUUUUCAAAUGUUCUACUUUGGUGAUUGUGCCAUAAUUUUUUUUUUCCGUGUGUGUCUAGCUCUAAUGGCUAGGUGUUCAACAAGGGUAAACAGGCACCCACCUGCACUGUUAAUUUAUUUAAAGUUCUCAGAUUUGAUAUUUUGUGCACUGUUCUAAAGAUGAUUACUGUCAUUUUGCCAUUUUGCUCUUGAAAACCAGUUACUUAAGGGUGGGUGCUUUGUUUUCAACCCUGUUUUGAAUGCAGUAUGGCUGAACCUGUACUGAACAAUUACUUUUAAGUGGAAAUCACAAUUUUUUGUGAUAUACAAUAGUUCAUCCAAAACCUGAGCUUCAUAGAUCCUCUGGGCUGUAGUUAUAUUCCUCUUCACACAGUAGAAAGAUAACUUGUCAUCACAGCUGUUAAUGAUCUCACCUCCAUGGUCAAACACAUGCUGAGCCACACAUUACUAAUGACUUCAAUGGAGACUGCAGUGAUCCAGAGAAACGUGCACAAAAAUCACAUCAGUCUGUAUAAAAGGGACUCAAAUCAGAAUAGUUUUUAUUUAAAUGUAAUUUAAUAAUAGAAACUUGAUGUGUUGUUUCGUAUCUAAAGGGGCACACUUUAUGGAUAAUACCUUCCAUUUUCAGAAUACAGGACUUGAAAUACUAAAAAAUGUUUUCUCAACAUUUCAGAACUGCUUCAUCUGUCAAUAGGUAUGUUUUGAAAAUGUACUUGUUUGCCUGAGUCACAUAUGACAUAAUAUUUUUCAGCCUUUUGGAUACGUGUAUGUAAAGGUGGCAAAUCUUGUGGUGUUGCUUUAAGAUAGUACAGCUGCAGUCUUGGAGAGUGACUUUAUUCAUAAUGAUAGUCUCAUAAACCAGGAGAAGGGUGCUAUUGCAGCCCUCAAAUAAGUUGUCCAGUCUAAGAAAUGGCUAUAAAAAGAGUCUUUUGUUAGGUUUAAUCUAUAAAUUAGUCAAAGCAGUAUCAAUAAGCCAGAUUACAAAAUCAUUUUGUAUUGAAAUUGCUUUAAAAAUCAUCCUUUACCUUUCUUUUUUAUCACUAAUUCUUCUUAAUGUCACGUAUUGAUGUGUUUGAAAUUAAGGCAGCCUUAGCCAGAGUAUCUUACAAUUUUGUAUGCCCUGGUGUAAACUAGGGGUCUGUAUCAUUGAUAUUUUCAGCGAUUUGUCUCUGACUCUUAAUGACAUUAUACAAUAAAUGUUAUAUAAAAGAUAAUUCUUUCGAAAUGUCUUUGCUUUUCUGUCACUGGAAAUAACAAUGAAAUCUUUAUAUUACUAGCAGUUGCGUUUGUUUUACCAAGCAACCACUAGAUGGGGUCAUACAAUCACUAUAUACUUUGUAAAUUGGCACCAGGCUGUCAAAUGCUUUUAAGAUUUUAGCAUUUAUCAGUGAAUGUUCAGUUUUCAAAUGCAUAUACUGCACAGAGUCCAAAGGUCUGAGACCACAUAAAAACUUUAGGAUCCCAUUUAAACCUGGGCAUAAACAAGUUAAAAAAAUAAAAUAAAUUAUAUAUAUAUAUAUAUAUAUAUAAUAUGUUGCAAAAGGAAGAAGGACAUUUUAGAUCACUCUUCAAAUGGGCAAAUUUGUGUGAAUGAAAGUUUGUAUUUCC